AUGCGGGCCAGAGCGGUUCCAGCGAUCGAACUGUUCAGGAUCUGGGCAACACCCGGACCCAGGAAGGCAGUUCAUCUGAAAAAAAUCCCCAAGAAGCAAAGAUUUACCAUUAGUUUGAAAGUCGGUUCUCGGAAGUUGAGCCUGAGGAAGCAUGAGGUGGAAAGUGAUGCUGAGGAGACCAUCUAUUCUGCCCUGACGGGCCUCCAGGCAGUCAAGGAGGAGGUAGAGAAGCGGCCGGACAUGGUUAUCCUGGUGCGUGGGGUGACCGGGAUCGAAGGCUCUGUUAAUUUGGGCAUGCCCCUCAAAUGCCUGCCUAAAAAUCUCUUGGAAGUGACAUUUCUCCAACCUAAGGAGAGUCAGGAAAUGGACGGCCAGAGCUACCGCCCAUAUGAUACCCCAACCACCGAAUGUAUCCUAUUUCACAUUCACGCCACUGGGCGUAAGCAGCGGAGGAUUGUUUACCGACAAGAACUUGACCAAGAAGGGGGCCAGUUGUGCGUUUACGCCUUGAAAGGAGAGAUCAUCAGAGAUGCCCUGUGCAAAGACGGCCGACUUCGUUCACAUCCGAAGGAGAGAAAAUGGAAGUUAGUAGAGAAUAGCAAGUUAAUUGUGGAAAACACGCUUCUGGUCGACCAAUUAAGGGACCGGCAUUUUGAGCUUGGGUUGGAAAGGGCCAGAGUUUGCAAGGCACCAGAUCCUCCACAAACCAGCAAGGGAAGAAGGCCGGUCCACCUGAAAAAGGCCAUCUUGGAACUGUAUCCCAAGGUGCAGAACGAAAGUCAGGGAAUCAGUAAGUACCUUGAGCAGGAGCUGAAGGGAGAAGGAAGGAAGGCCGAAGAGAAAUUUAAUUUGCAUAAGAAGAACUUGGACAAAGCGAUCCAGAACUCCACCGAAGGUAGAGUUCAUAAGCUUCUUGCUAAGCGUAGUUCUUCCGUGGGGUACGUGUCCUGGAGUAACAGUGGAAACGAGGGCUUUGCCACCUGCUUCGUCUUAAGGGACGGGUACAUCCUCACCUGUCGGCAUGUGGUCGAUGGUAUCGCGGGCCCCGGGGUGGAGCAGGAUCAGUGGGCAGAGGUAAUCAGCGCUUGCACUGUGGUGACCUUCACUUACGAAGAGUCCCGCAUGAAGAAAGAGGAUCUGCUCUGGGUUGAACCUUGGUUUGAGGUCUCCAGCGUAGACCUUGAUUAUGCCGUCCUGAAACUGAAGGACAACGAGAGGACCUUUCCUCCCGGCCUGCUUGACCGUGCACACGGCCGGCUACCUGUACACCUACCGCAGGCGGGUCUGCAGCAUCAUCGAGAUUGGUUAUUCUGUGGACUCCAUCAUCUCCCCAACCACUUAAUGCACCGAUGGGCUUACAGUCUAAUCGAGGGAGACAGACAGACAAAAACAAUAGCAGUAAAUAUCAUCGGUCACCCAAAGGGGAUGACCAAGUCAACCGACGGAUGUACCAACGUCCCUAAAAAUCACCGGGAGAGGGAGAUACACCAACGGGUCUGCACCAGCGAAGACCCCAGUUUCCAGAACUGCUCUGGUGACUCUGACCAAGCCAAUUGCCUCCACACCUUCAGCUGGAGAGGUUUUUCCGAGGAAGUGGUUCACAAUUCUGACGUGUGCACCUAUGAUACGACGUCUUCGGGCUCACCGGUGUUCGAUGCCCAAGGGCGGCUGGUUGCCGUGCACACGGCCGGCUACCUGCACACCUACCGCAGGCGGGUCCGCAGCAUCAUCGAGAUUGGUUAUUCUAUGGACUCCAUCAUCUCGGAUAUCAAGAAGAAGCACCCCAGCGGGUGGCACUCUGAGGUUUUAAGAUCUCAGGAUGUAGAAACGCUGAGCUACAAUGAAUCGGAAUUGAAAAGAGACCGGCGCCUGGCAGAUCUCUUAGAGAUUUGUGAAGCUUUGAAUUGUGCCUCUUCACUGCCAACUUGGAGAAUCAUCCGAGCAUCAUACCUCCCCCCAGCCCACGUUCAGAGGCUCGGUGGAUCCGAUUCUCUCCGGAUGCUGUUAACUAUGGAUCCUGUGUUAUGUAUAGAGAGGACUCUCUCUCUCUUUCUCUCUCUCUCUCUCUCUCUCGUUUUCUUUUGAUCCUGGUUAAAGCACCGGGCUAAGCAUUGGAAUAGCGAUAAGAUGACCAGAUGGGACACAGUCCCAAGCCCCUGCUGAGCUUACAGUCUAAGACGAGGGGAGAGCAGGUGUUCU